AUGGUCAGGAUCCUCGUUUACCUAUUUCUAUUUGUCCAGCUCGCUGUGGGAGCGUUGGUGGUCACCCACAUGGCUGACGUGGGGCCCCAGGCUUGUGCUACCUUGCUCAAUCGCGCAGUGAGGUUCAACGAGGCUGACGGAGGCCUUCUGUACUUUUGCAAUGUUAAGAACCAGCCCGCGUUGGGGUCCAUGGCCCAUUGCAUUAUUGACAACUUCGACUCGCCCAUCUACUUGGAGCUGUUCAUCAAAGGGUGCAAAGGCUUGAACGAGGACCAGGUCCACGGGGCCUAUGUCAAUGCCAGUGGAAGAAUGCUCAAUGCCUCCACCCUCACUGGAAUGCCGCUAGUUUUCGAGCCUGUGCAGCUCGCACCUGCUGCUGUACUCAUGGAAUUCUCCUCCGAGAGAAAUAACGCUCUCACCAACAACUGGUCCGUCUAUUACGGUGUUAUUUUGACUGCCUACUGGUUCGUGAUCUUGGCCAUCGCCGCUAUCAAUCACUGGACCUACUACUUGUUUCCCAACUUCAUCAAGUCGUUGCACGGACCCGUUUUCAACUGGUUCAGAAACCACUUUGUAUUGGCCCCAACAGGCAGAAAAGCGCACUCCGUUCCCAAGAAAUUGGUUGUGGAGUGGCUUGUGCCGCUUCGUUUCGAGACAGUGACUGUCCUAGGCUGGGCUGUUCUCGCUGCCAUCUUUGCCUCAACAAACACCCUGCCCAACCCCGGUUUUGCGUUAUCUACCAGUGUCAAUAGAUGCGCAUUUCUUGCGCUCUGGGGCAUGCCGGUUAUGAUCCUUUUUGCUGGCAGAAACAAUAUCUUGCAGGUGAUGACGGGAUGGCCGUACGCCAGAUUCCUCACCAUCCACCGGUGGAUGGCCAGGCUCGUGGUGGCACUUCUCUUUAUUCACGGAGUGGGAGAAUCCGUUACUGCCAUCAACUUGGACUACUACUUGCCUACCGUACAAGCCACAGAUGUCAUUUUCGGCAUUUUAGCAGUUACUGCGGGAAGUUUGAUGUUGUUCCAGAGCUUGAAAUAUUUCAGAUCCAAGCACUAUGAAAUUUUCCUCUUGGUCCAUAUCGUGCUCGGAGUGUUGUUCAUCGUUGGUGGAUGGAAGCACACCACUGCCCAGGGCGUUCCCCAGUUUCACUACGCAGCUGUGGUGAUCUGGGUGUUCGACAGAGUUGUCAGACUCAUCAGGCUCGUGGCGUUUGGAGUCCGUAUGGCUGAUAUAGAAUUGAUCAAUGGUGAAACCUUGAAGGUGACUGUGUCCAGACCCGGAUGGUGGAAACCAUACCCUGGAUCGCAUGCAUUCAUCCACUUCGUCAAACCCGUUCAUUUCUGGCAGUCCCACCCCUUCAGUUUCGUGGACUCUAUUGUUGGUGAAGACACAAUCACAUUCUACAUGAAGGUCAAGGAAGGAAUUACCCGCAGCAUCUGCGAUGACUUGAUCAAUGCUCCAAAUAACAAAGGAAAGUGCAAGGUGGUCAUCGAGGGCCCUUACGGUAGCCCUGUUCCAGUGCAUAAGUUUGACAAUGCCGUUUUCUUGGCUGGUGGUAAUGGAAUGCCAGGUAUUUUCCAAGAUGUGCUCGAACUCUCGAGAAAACACAUUGAAACCAAGCAGGUGUCUAAGCUUUUCUGGGUCAUCCGUGACAUCAAGUCUGCCCAGUGGUUUAUGGACGAGUUGGUGGCUUUGGAGAACUCGGCUGUGGAUGUGGUGAUAUACGUUACCAGCAUGAACAGUAAAGACAGCAUAAAUGAUGGAGUUGGAGAAAAGAAGAAUUUCAGGGAGUAUGGAGAUAUGUCUGAGCGUAUGUCCAUUACACAGAAGCUCAGUCAUGUUGAGUUCAGACUGGGUAGGCCAAACAUCCGCGAGCUCGUUCUUGCGGAAGCUGCUCAAACCAAUAAAUCAAUUGCAUUUACCACCUGCUCCCAUCCAGGUAUGGUCGACGACGUCAGAGCUGCUGUCCGUGAAUGUUUGAGUGUAGAUCAAUCCAAGAGAAUUGAAUUGUUCGAAAUCAACCAAAGCUGGUAA